UUGCCUUGGCCAAUAGCUAUCUAAUUUACACAAUCACAGCUGUCUCUGCUACCAAAAACAAAACUGGAUGUGUCUUUCUCUAUUUCUUUAAUACAAAGGAAGCUAUUGAAGAUUUUCUACAAAGUAAUGGCUCCAAUGGUGUUCAAGACUAUUACAACAAGUCCAUUACUUGCAUUAAGACAGACGGUGUAAAACACGAUGCGUUCUUCUCGUUGAAUUCGACUGGAGAAACUUUUGUUGGUAUUUUAGCAAACGUGAGCACUAAUAUUACAUACAUUGUGAGGGGAGUAAUAAUUGAAUACAAUACUUCAAAUUGCCAACAAGAGAAUAUUCACUUUUUAACAUACGACAAACCAUUAAAAAUCGAUAUAUGCAAGAGCAGUAUCUGUGCCUUUAAAUCAGCUGAGACAACCAUUGUUAUAGACUCAGAGGAACAAGGAGUUCAUGUCCACUGGGAGUCAAAACCACUGGAACUCACUUUAGCAGUGUGGAUCAUCAUUAUGUUGCUAUUAGUACUGGUAGCAAUACUGGGCAUUGUCGCUAUCUUACAUGUGAAGAGAUGUUUAUAUAAAUGUAAACGUGCAAGUACAUGUAUGGCAAAAAAAACUGAAGCCCGCCAACCACUAUUGGGCAAAAGAGAUGAUAUUAAAACUGUUUUGUAUGAAGUGUUGGAGUCUUAUCAUGCUAAUAUGAGCAAACUUUUCUCAAGAAAUAUAAAAGAAGUAGCAAAAAGAAUGCACAGGAAUGACAUCAUAACUAAUGAUGUGUACCAUAAUCCAUCAUGUGAUGCUAUCAUUGAGUGCUUUAAAGGAAAAUUGUCAUACAUACAUGCACAUGGAUCAAAUCAACAAAAUAUUGUGGAUCAUUGCAACAGCUUUAUUAGAAGCAUUCAAGAAAUGAAAAAGGGGGAAAAGGAUCACUGGGUGAAACUAGCUGAUGCUAUCAAGAAAGGUUGGACAACAAAAACAGAAGAGCGUCUUAAAAUUAAGUUACAAUUGAAUUAGAACAAGAGUGUAAAGCUGUCUGUGUUGUAACUUUACAUGUAC